CAGCAUCUGACCGAACAACAAAACACUCCUCCGUAUCAAGGGGCGUGCCCGCAGCUGGAGAGAGAGAGAGGUGAAAUCGCGAUGGCGAAGAAGGCGAUCAAUGUGCGGGUAACGACCAUGGAUGCGGAGCUGGAAUUCGCAAUCCAGCCGAGCACCACUGGUAAGCAGCUCUUUGAUCAGGUCGUUAAAACAGUCGGACUUCGCGAAAUUUGGUAUUUUGGGUUACAGUACACUGAUACGAAAGGCUUUCCGACAUGGUUGAAACUUAAUAAAAAGGUUGUGGUGCAAGACGUUAAAAAGGAACAGACUUUGUUAUUUAAAUUUCGCGCAAAAUUCUAUCCUGAGAAUGUUCAGGAGGAGAUAAUUCAGGAUGUUACCCUCAGAUUAUUCUAUCUACAAGUAAAAGAUGCAAUUCUAUCAGACGACGUUUACUGUCCACCCGAAACAUCAGUAUUAUUGGCAUCAUUUGCGAUGCAAGCGAAAUACGGUGACUAUGUGGCUGAAACUCAUAAACCUGGUUGUCUCACAUCAGAUCGACUACUCCCUCAAAGAGUUAUUGGGCAGUUCAAACUCAGUUCGAUUGUUAAAUGCUGUCACGUUUGUAGUCCUGAAGAAUGGGAAAAACGUAUAAUGAUUUGGUGGGCAGAUCAUAAGAAUACAACAAGGGAGCAGGCUAUGAUGGAGUACUUAAAGAUUGCCGAAGAUCUCGAGAUGUAUGGAGUUAAUUACUUCGACAUUCGUAAUAAAAAAGGAACAGAGUUAUAUCUUGGAGUUGAUGCGUUGGGAUUGAACAUCUAUGAGAAAAACGAUCGGCUGUCACCGAAAGUCGGCUUUCCUUGGUCCGAAAUCAGAAACAUCUCCUUCAACGAUAAGAAGUUCGUCAUCAAACCGAUCGACAAGAAGGCCAAUGAUUUCGUAUUCUAUGCACCUCGUCUACGAAUAAAUAAGCGUAUUCUGGCGUUAUGUAUGGGCAAUCAUGAGUUAUAUAUGCGCAGAAGGAGGCCUGAUUCCAUUGAGGUGCAACAAAUGAAGCAGCAAGCUAAAGAGGAGAGACUUCAAAGGCAACUUGAACAGGAGCGUCUCUCCAAGGAAAUGAGCGCACGUGAAGCAGCCGAACAGAAGCAACGCGAAUACGAGGAAAGAAUGGAACGUCUGAAAGAGGAAGUAGAAAGAGCACAACGUGAACUGUCUGAGGCACACGAUACGAUCAAGCGUCUUGAGCAGCAGCUACAUGAGUUACAACUGGCGAAGGAGCAGUUGGAAGCGAAAGAGCAAGAUUUGCGUAUGUUGAAUGAACAACUGCAAUCAGAGCGCGAAAUGAGCACAGAGGAACGUAAUCGGUUGAUAUCUGAAAUUCGAGAGCGUGAACUGCAAGUGGCUGAAAUGCGUGAGCAGGUCGAUUUGAAAACCGCCGAAACGAAUCGGCUCAAGAAAGAGGUUGAUUACUCUUCUCAACUCAGCUCGAUUGAAUGCUUGGUGAUUUUUCAGGUUGAUGAAGCAGCAAGAUUGCGUCGUGAGGCAGAAGAGAAGCAAGCACAUGCAUUGCAGGUUAAAGAAGUUGAUCUUGAUGAGGAUAUGCUCCAGAAUGCUCAUACAGGUACAGAAUUGACAGCACGUGGUGACGAAAAUGUUCCUCAGAGAGAGCUUGAUAGGAUGACGGCCACUGAACAGAAUCUGUCGUUGAAACACAAACUUGAGGCUUUGACGGCUGAUCUAGAAGCAGUGAAAGAUUCACAACACGUGACCGAAUAUGACUUACUACAUAUGGAGAAUAAACGAGCUGGUAGAGAUAAGUAUAAGACAUUACGUCAAAUUCGUGGCGGCAAUACGAAACGCCGUAUUGAUCAGUACGAAAAUAUGUGA